AUGAAGAUAAUUGCAUAUUUUUGCAUUUGGGCAGUAGCAUGGGCCAUUCCAGUUCCUCAAAGCAAACCACUGGAGAAGCAUGUCGAAAAAUCUGUGAAUUUGCAUCUCCUAGCAAGAUCAAACGUGUCAGAACAGGAUAAGUUAAAUGCCAGUGAAACCAUCAAAGAAAGUGGUGUUCCCGUGCAUGAAGGUGAUAAAGGAAGGCAAGAGAAUACCCAAGAUGGUCACAAGGGAGAAGGGAAUGGCUCUGAGUGGGCAGAAGUAGGAGGGAAGAGCUUUUCUACAUAUUCCACAUUAGCAAACGAAGAGGGGAAUAUUGAGGGCUGGAAUGGGGACACAGGAAAGGCAGAAACAUAUGAUCAUGAUGGAAUACACAGGAAAGAAGAAAACACCACAGCAAAUGGCAUCCAGGGACAAGUAAGCAUCAUUGACAAUGCCAGAACCACAAACAGAAGCAACACUAAUGGAAAUACUGAUAAGAAUACCCCAAAUGGGGAUGUUGGAGAUGCAGGUCACAAUGAAGGUGCCACUGUUGUCCAAGAAGAUGGACCCCAAGUAGUUGGAAGCAAUAACAGUACAGACAAUGAGGAUGAAAUAAUUGAGAAUUCCUGUGGAAAUGAGGGUAAUACAAGUGAAAUAACACCUCAGAUCAACAGCAACAGAAAUGGGACUAAGGAGGCUGAGGUAACACCCAGCACUAGAGAAGAUGCAGGCCUGGAUAAUUCCGACGGGAGUCCUAGUGGGAAUGGAGCAGAUGAGGAUGAAGACAAAGGUUCUGGUGAUGAUGAAGAUGAAGAAACAGGGAAUGGAAAAGACAGUAAUGAUAACAGCAAGGGACAGGAGGGCCAGGACCACGGGAAAGAAGAUGAUCAUGAUACUAGUACAGGUCAAAAUUCGGAGAGUAAUGAAGAUUAUGACCCCGAAGGCAAAGAAGAUCCCCAUAAUGAUGCUGACAGAGACAACACCUCCAAGAGUGAGGAGAAUUCUGCUGGUGUUCCGGAAGACAAUGGCAGCCAAAGAAUGGAGGACACCCAGAAGCUCAACCACAGAGAAAGCAAAGGUGUAGAAAACGGAAUCACCAAAGAAUCAGAGCCAAACACUGUUGGGAAGAGCCAAGAUAAGGGAAUAGCAAUCAAAGGUCCCAGCAGUGGCAACAGAAAUAUUACCAAAGAAGUUGGGAAAGUCAAUGAAGAUAAAGAGGAUAAAGGACAACAUGGAAUGAUCUUGGGCAAAGGAAAUGUCAAGACACAAGGAGAGGUUGACAACAUAGAAGGACCUGGCCAAAAACCAGAACCAGGAAAUAAAGUUGGACACAGCAACACAGGUAGUGACAGCAAUAGUGAUGGAUAUGACAGUUAUGAUUUUGAUGAUAAGUCCAUGCAAGGCGAUGAUCCCAAUAGCAGUGACGAAUCUAAUGGCAAUGAUGAUUCUAAUUCAGAAAGUGACAAUGACAGCAGUAGUCGAGGGGAUGCUUCUUAUAACUCUGAUGAAUCAAAAGAUAAUGGCAAUGGCAGUCACUCAAAAGGAGAAGAUGAUGACAGUGAUAGCACGUCAGACACUAAUAAUAGUGACAGUAAUGGCAAUGGUAACAAUGGCAAUGAUGACAAUGACAAAUCUGAUGGUGGCAAAGGUAAAUCAGAUAGCAGUGACAGCAGUGGUAGUAGUGACAGUGAUAGUAGUGAUAGCAGCAAUAGCAGUGAUAGUAGUGACAGCAGUGACAGUGACAGCAGUGGUAGCAACAGUAGCAGUGAUAGUAGUGACAGCAGUGAUAGCAGUGACAGUAGUGACAGUAGUGACAGCAGUGACAGUGACAGCAGUGAUAGCAGUGACAGUGACAGCAGUGAUAGCAGUGACAGUGGUAGUAGUGAUAGCAGCAAUAGCAGUGACAGUAGUGAUAGCAGUGACAGUAGUGAUAGCAGUGAUAGCAGCGACAGUAGUGAUAGUAGUGACAGCAGCAAUAGUGACAGUAGUGAUAGUAGUGACAACAGUGACAGCAAGUCAGACAGCAGCAAAUCAGAUAGCAGUGAUAGCAGUGAUAGUGACAGUAAGUCAGACAGCAGUGACAGCAACAGCAGUGACAGUAGUGACAACAGUGAUAGCAGUGACAGCAGCAAUAGCAGUGACAGCAGUGAUAGUAGUGACAGCAGUGAUAGUGACAGCAGCAGUAGCAGUGACAGCAGCAACAGCAGUGAUAGUAGUGACAGUAGUGACAGCAGCAAUAGUAGUGACAGCAGCAAUAGCAGUGACAGCAGUGAUAGUAGUGACAGUAGUGAUAGUAGUGACAACAGCAAUAGCAGUGACAGCAGCGAUAGCAGUGACAGCAGUGAUAGUGACAGUAGUGACAGCAGCAAUAGUAGUGACAGCAGCAAUAGCAGUGACAGCAGUGAUAGCAGUGACAGCAGUGAUAGCAGUGACAGCAGCGAUAGCAGUGACAGCAGUGAUAGUGACAGUAGUGACAGCAGCAAUAGUAGUGACAGCAGCAAUAGCAGUGACAGCAGUGAUAGUAGUGACAACAGCAAUAGCAGUGACAGCAGUGAUAGCAGUGACAGCAGCGAUAGCAGUGACAGCAGUGAUAGCAGUGACAGUAGUGACAGCAGCAAUAGCAGUGACAGCAGCAACAGCAGUGAUAGUAGUGACAGUAGUGACAGUAGCGAUAGUAGUGACAGCAGCAAUAGCAGUGACAGCAGUGAUAGCAGUGAUAGUAGUGACAGCAGCAAUAGUAGCGACAGCAGCAAUAGCAGUGACAGCAGCAAUAGUAGUGACAGCAGCGAUAGCAGUGACAGCAGUAGUAGUAGUGACAGCAGCAAUAGCAGGGACAGCAGUAGUAGUAGUGACAGCAGCAAUAGCAGUGACAGCAGCAACAGCAGUGAUAGUGGUGACAGCAGUGACAGCAGUAACAGCAGUGAUAGUAGUGACAGCAGUGACAGCAGCGACAGCAGUGACAGCAGUGAUAGCAGCAAUAGCAGUGACAGCAGUGACAGCAGCGAUAGUAGUGACAGCAGUGAUAGCAGUGACAGCAGCGAUAGCAGUGACAGCAGUAAUAGCAGUGACAGCAGCGAUAGCAGCAAUAGCAGUGACAGCAGUGACAGCAGCGAUAGUAGUGACAGCAGUGAUAGCAGUGACAGCAGCGAUAGCAGUGACAGCAGCGAUAGUGAUAGCAGUGACAACAGUGACAGCAGCAAUAGUAGUGACAGCAGUGACAGCAGUGACAGCAGCGAUAGCAGCGAUAGCAGUGACAGCAGUGACAGCAGUGACAGCAGUGAUAGCAGUGACAGCAGCAAAAGCAGUGACAGCAGUGAUAGCAGUGACAGCAGCGACAGCAGUGAUAGCAGUGACAGCAGCGAAAGCAGUGACAGCAGUGAUAGCAGUGACAGCAGCGACAGCAGUGAUAGCAGCGAAAGCAGUGACAGCAGUGAUAGUGAUAGCAGUGACAGCAGUGAUAGCAGUGGCAGCAGUGCCAGCAGUGAUAGCAGUGACAGCAGCGAAAGCAGUGACAGCAGUGAUAGUGACAGCAGCGACAGCAGUGAUAGCAGUGACAGCAGCAACAGCAGUGAUAGCAGUGACAGCAGCAAUAGCAGUGACAGCAGCAAUAGCAGUGACAGCAGUAACAGCAGUGACAGCAGUGAUAGCAGUGACAGCACAUCUGAAAGCAGUGAUGAGAGUGACAACCAGAGCAAGUCUGGUAAUGGUAACAACAAUGGAAGUGACAGUGACAGUGACAGUGAAGGCAGUGACAGUAACCACUCAACCAGUGAUGAUUAGAACAAAAGAAAACCCAUAAGAUUCCCUUUGUGAAAAGUUUGGUGAUGGGAUAGGAAAAAACGAUUUCCAAGAAAGUAAAGAAAGGGGAGAGAUAAACAGAAGACAUAUGUAAACAUCCACAAAAACAAGUAGAGGAAUCAAAUCAAACAGUUGGAAUAAGAACCAAGGCCUAACUCCUGCAGAGAGAGACUCUGAAUGCAUGACCUUUGGUACAUGCCUGUUAAUAUUCAUGUUCUGAAAAUAUUUUGUUAAAAGUGUAAGUCUAAACAUAGAACAACAAUUAAAAUAUUCUUUAAUACUUCACGCAGAAACCUCAAGUAAUCACUACAUGAUAAC